UCUCUAUCUAUCUAUCUUUCUUUUGUUUUUUUUAUAUCAGUUCUCUUAACUCCAAGCAACGGCUGAGAUUCACUCCUCGGUUUCCGGCUUCUCUUUUAUCUUCCCCACUUCCAAUUCUCCUUCACCUCUCUUUGUCUCUCUUUGGCUUUCUCUUUCUCUCUCUAGAUUUAGAGAAUAGCAGCAAAGCCACUGCAAAAACAAAUCAAACAGUUAGAGAGAAGCAAUAGGAAUAGUUUUUAAGAGAGAGGGAGAGAGACAGAGAGAGAGAGAAGAUGUUAUUGGGGAAAAGACCACGACCUCCAUUGAAGAGGACUACAAGCUUGUCGGAGAUAGGCUUCGAUCUGAGCAGUAGUAUUAAUGGUGAAAGCCAAGCCCAACAACAAUCAGAUCCUCAAAAGCCAUUCCAGGCUCAACCGGUGGUGGGCUUAUGGGGUGGUGGUGGUGAUGGGUUGGAUCAUAGAGUGAUGGCGGCCUCCGCCAUGGUGUCCCCCAGAAACCACCAUAGUGAUAGUCAUAGAAGGACAGAUUUUGUUGAGACGGCUCAUUUCUUGAGAGCUUGCUCUCUCUGUAAACGCCGUCUUGUUCCUAGUCGUGAUAUUUACAUGUACAGAGGAGAUAGUGCUUUUUGUAGUCUAGAGUGCCGGCAGCAGCAGAUGAACCAAGACGAGAGAAAAGAAAAGUGUUCCUUCACUUCAAAGAAAGAAGCUGCUUCUUCUUCAACCAAAGGUGAAACUGUGGCCGCCUCCUAGCAAUGUUUAUACAAUUAACAAAUACUCGAUCUGUCUUCUCAGUUAUAUAUAUAUAUAUAUAUAUAUAUAUAUAUCAAAAUGGAUAUUGGGAGGAUGAUGUAGUUUUUAUUUGCAUGCAAAACUGGGCAAGUUUUGGAAAGCUUUUUAUUUUUAUUUUUAUUUUUCAUGUGGAUUCAAACUUUAUUCCGCUUCCAAAUCUGUACUACUUUUUUCCAUUUCCUUUCUCUCCUCUUUUGCUUUUGGUAGUAUUAAUUAAAUGGGAGAAAAAAAAUUGCAACA